CGCAGGGUCGGGGCAGGCUCCCGCGGAGUCGCCCUUUGAGUGUGCGCCUGGAGGGGCGGCAGCCGAGCGCCGAUGCUGGAAGUUCACAUCCCGUCGGUGGGGCCGGAGCCCGAGGAGCCCAGGCAGAGCCCGGAGAAAGGCCACAUGGUGUUCCGCGUGGAGGUGCGGUGCCGCGGGCGGAGGCACUCGGUGCACAGGCGGUACAGCGAGUUCCACGCGCUGCACAAGCGGAUUAAGAAACUGUACAAAGUGCCUGACUUCCCGUCGAAGCGCCUGCCCAACUGGAGGACCAGGAGCCUGGAACAGCGGCGGCAGGGUUUGGAGGCCUAUAUCCAGGGGAUCCUGUACCUGAACCAAGAUGUGCCCAAGGAGUUACUGGAAUUCCUGAGACUCCGACACUUCCCAGUGGACCCAAAGGCCAGCAGCUGGGGCACCCUGGGGGACUUCCCGCCUAGGGACAGCAGCAGCUCACAGCUGCACCAUCGGCCUGUCAUCAGCUUCUGCAGGGACCCCUACAUUUUUGUCCCUUCCCCAGGUGAGGUGCCGCCUCUGACCUGUCUGUAUUCAGGGUCUAGGUCCCACAGUGGGGUGGGGGUGCCCUUACCAUUUGCUACUCCCAGGACCCCAGGCAGCAUCUCCCUCCUGCUGCCCUUUGGGGCAGCUCCUGUAGCUGUGUGGCCUUUGUGGACACCAGUGAGAUGGGGCUGCUCCCCUGGUCUCCACUCCUCAGCACCCUGGAGUACCAAGCUGACAUGAACAGAACAUGGCCUGGAACCCCAAUGCCUCAUAAGGGUAGACAGCUGGGAUCCGCCACCUUGGCAGCUCAGGGAGCUGCAGGCCUGUCCCAUGCCAUGCCCUCCUCCAUCUACUUUGUGCAGAGCCUUUGCCCGAUGUGGUGGUGAAUGGCGUGCUCCAAGGCCUCUACGGAUUCAGCACCAGCCCAGCACCAGCCCAGCCAAAGGCUGACUGUAACCCUGCUCCUCUGCCACCCAUGCCCUGAUAAGUCAGGAGCCUCAUGGCCACCUGUGAGGAGAGCCAUGUGCCUCAGUCCUGUGAGGGCCACUCAAGGAGCCAAGGGUGGGUCAUCUUUUGGCCCGGAUCCAGGACUCUACCAUGCCUUGUCCUGUCAAGGCUCUGAACUGGGCAUGCGCUGGCACCUAGGGUGGUCUUAGCACCCUGGGCCAAGGCAGGGGAAGGAGAUAAAGAAUAAAGGGAAAGAAUUUAGAGGUAGAUGGGAGACAUAGGUAUAGUCCUUAACCUAGGUCAAGGCACAGUAGCUUGUGAAAUUUGGGAGCCAGGGGAUAGGGCAAGCACCCAGUGGCUCAGCAGAAUCCUGAUAUGGUGGGAUGAAGACUUGGGUUGGGGACUACAGACCUAAGCCAGGCCAUACACAGGUUAUUAAAAAAAAACCCACUUUUUUUUAUUGGUCAGCAAUGAUACCAGUAGAUUGCUACAAAAUUGGGCCUGCGGAAUGUGAGGCAAGUCCGCUCCGUCAGGUUCCAGCACCAGGCCAGUGCAGCACAGAGCCUGGGGCCGGGCUACCUUCACCCUCAUGAGGGCAGUGGGGCUGGCACAGAUGGUCACACGGAGGGCAAAGGUCCCUAGUGCCCUACUCCUUGGCGAUGGCAAAAGGCUUCUCCACCUCGAUCUUGCCACAGUCUGCGAUGAUCACGUCCUUCAGGGGCUUGUCCCGGCUGUCUGUCUUGGUGCUCUCCACCUUCCGCACCACCUCCUGGGAAGGAAAGGUGGGUUGCGUGUGGUGGGCUACCCCUUUCCCCCAGCUAAGGAGGAUGGGCUUAGCCUUGUGGCUAAGGAGGGCUGGGAUCCACCUAGGACAAACAGCCCACAAACCCUGAGAUUUGGGUCAGGCUGAGGGUAAGGAGGAGGAAGAGGGUGUCCGGGCAGCGAGUACCUAACAGCUCAGGGACAUCAUGUUCAGCUGCACCCCGCACAUCCAUGUUUAGUGAGUGAUGAAUAGGAUCCCACAACUGUGUGGUUUCAACAAGCCUGGCUGGGCUCUGCCGGGGCCUGGAGAUGCAGGCUGGGUUUUUGUUUUAUGAGUUAUUGCUACGUACCCCAGGCUGGCCUCAUCGAAACCCUAGGCUCACAUGAUCCUCCUGUCUUAGCCUCCCGAGUAGCUGGGUGUGGGCUGUUUAUGCUUGAUUACCCCCAGGUUAGGAGACAUGAACACUGCCCUCAAUCUGUGCUUGGGUUCUUCUGAGAAUGGGAUAAAAUCCAAGGAGCCCCUGCCCCAGGGUCUGUGCUGCAUCAGCAGCAGGGACUGCCUCGGGUCAGCCUCCAGGACUUACCAUGCCCUCUAGAACUUUGCCGAACACCACAUGCUUGCCAUCUAGCCAGGCUGUCUUGACUGUAGUGAUGAAGAACUGGGAACCGUUGGUGUCUUUGCCGGCGUUGGCCAUGCUCA